AUGAACAUCACAAACAGUUCCAGUACUGCUACAGCGACAUCGUUGUACAUUUUUUUCAUUGACUCCAGUGUGAUGAACUAUGUCGUGACUAUCAACGCGUUGAUCUGCUCAGAGCUCAUCGGCCUACUGGGCAUUGUCGCCAACAUCAUCAACAUUUUCAACUUCAAGAGGCAAGGAUUUCAGGACGGAGUCAACGUGACCUUGUUCUCCCUGGCCCUCUGCGACACCGGGGCGCUGCUGGCCCAGCAGCUCUCGAACAUUCUAAUCAGCCCUUGGGUCGGAGAGUACGACCUCUUCAUGCUGAAAUCUCACCUGUUCGUCUUGACCUUCUACGUCAACGGGUACUUCAUCCGGGUCAGCGGCGUGCUGACGUCAUUUCUGACCUUCGAGAGAUGCCUUUGCGUGGUCUGGCCGCUGAAAGUCAAGAGAGUUCUCACCACCAGAACUGCGAUUGUCGUAAACACCGUUACCGCCAGCGUCUUUAUUUUGUACCUUGUGCCCCCGUUUAGUGUGACGACAAUAGAUUGGAUGCUGGUGCCGACGCUAAACAAAUCCAUUCUAGCGCUCCAGUUUAAAAGCAACAGACACAGCGUUAUGACUAUUUAUUAUUUCAUUGCCGAUCAGUUUGUUCCUUAUGCAACAAUUUUGUUGUUAAUUCUUUGCACGAUUACCAUCGUAACAAAGCUGAGAUCGAAACUCAAAUGGAGGCAAUCUACAUCGUCUGCUGGGGGAGGCGCUUCCGGUUCCGUCACUAACAAGGAAGGCAAAGUUGUCACAAUGCUCAUUAAUAUUUCUGUGAUAUUUAUCAUCUGCCUCCUGCCUCAGUCCACGCUGAAUACGGCCAUGGGCUUUGUCCCAGGUCUUAAAGUGGACGGAGUCUAUUUUAAUAUCUUCAAACUGUGCUAUUCGUUUACCUCCCUUUUAGAGACCGUCAACUGUAGUGUUAGUAUAUUAGUUUACUACAAAAUGAGUACAAAGUACAGGCAAGAGUUUUGGACCUUGUUUCACCCACUGACAUGUAUCAAAAACUUAUCUCUCAGAUUCUUUUAA